AUGGUUGUCUUGGACAACGGAGUGGAGGUCAGAGCUAGGAUUGGAACUGCAGCUUCCUCUUGUCCCCAUGUCAUCUUUGAUUCCCACCUUGAACAGGGUUUUAGCACAGGAGCAGGCAUUUGCUUUGCAGUUCCUGGAACAUGCAAGGCAACUAAGGAACCAGUGGAAGAGUCUCUGCUGGAACAGUAUGGAUUCCCUAUAGCUGGAACAGAGACCAGAUGUUACACAAAUCAUGCACUGUCUUAUGAUCAGGCAAAACGGGUGCCUAGAUGGGUGAUUGAACAUAUUUCAAAACACAAGACACUGGGCAACGCAGAUCGAAGGCACUGCAAAUUCAGACCAGAUCCUAGUAUCCCUCUCAUGUUUAGUGCUGUCAAUGAAGACUACGUUGGGAGCGGGUGGUCGCGAGGGCAUAUGGCACCAGCAGGAGAUAACAAAUAUUCAACACAAGCUAUGGCUGAAACAUUUUACUUGUCCAACAUUGUGCCUCAGAAUUACAAGAAUAAUGCUGGAUUCUGGAACAGAAUGGAAAUGUAUUGUCGGGAGCUGACAGAGAGAUUUGAGGAUGUUUGGAUAGUUUCUGGACCUUUGACCUUGCCUCAGACAGGGGAUGAUGGAAAGAAAAGAGUAACCUAUCAGGUAAUCGGCCAGGGCGAUGUGGCUGUGCCAUCACAUCUCUACAAGGUGAUUCUCGCCAGGCGAAGCAGAACGUCCUCAGAGCCCCUGGUGCUGGGUGCCUUUGUGGUGCCCAACGAUCCCAUAGGUUUCAGUCACCAACUACCUGAAUUUCAAGUGCAUAUUGAAGACCUGGAGAAAAUGUCAGGAUUGGUUUUCUUCCCCCAAGUGGACAAAACCAAAGAUGUUAAAAAUGUCUGUGAUGUAGACACCUGUAAACUGAUGGGGUUUGAUGAGUUUACAUUGUACAUCACCGCCCGGAAAGUUCACAGUGCCAGAACACUGCACAGGCUGGAAAAGGUCAUGUCAGAGUUAAGGGAGACAGGAAUUGAGCCUGACGAAUAUCUAGUGAAGCUUUACAAGAAGAAGGAGGAAGAACUAGUGCAGCAAAAGCAAAUGGAAGCCAGAGAAGGAAGAGCUGGUUGAGAAAAUAUAUUUGGAAAGUUAUACUCUCAGAAAGGCGCCAUGUGCGCACACUCAGUUUGGAUUUCAUGAUUUGGCCAUUUAAAAAAAAAUGUGGAAACAAUUAGAAGUUUGCGUUCAGGGUAAUGUUCAUUCUCUUGUAACAUGAUGUAUGUAUGAUUUGCUACAGUACUGUGUGGGAAAUGAAAAUGACCUUUCCUGGCAUGACUGGCUUAUGGGGCCUCUGAAAAAGGCUUUGUACUAUUUUCUAAACCAGACGUCAGAAUUGGGGUCUGCAUAGAAUCCCUUCUAGGAAUAUUAUAAAAAUAGAUAGUGGACACCUUGGGAGUAUAACUGGAAUCUGUUUAAAUGUAACUGACCCUACACAUGUAUUUUAAUACAAAGCUGUAGAAUAAAUGAUGUUACUGUGA